AUGGAUAGUGAUGAUGAAUAUGACGAGUAUUAUCAGAGGCGCAAGAAAGUAAUAAUAUUUGCGGCUACUGCAGUUGUUAUAGCAGUGGAAGAGUAUAAGAAACUAUUUCUAUGUAAACAACCUUAUCGUAAUGAGACUCAACGUGGCUCCGUUGAGACACAACGAAUCAUUGGACAUACUAACAAGACAUGUCGAAACAUGAUAAGAAUGAGUCGAAAGGCGUUCUUUAACCUAUGUCAAGUGAUGCGUGCCAAGGGUCUUCUGUAUGAUACAAUUAACGUUCAAGUGGAGGAACAAGUUGUUAUUUUUUUAUAUGCAAUCUGUCAUAAUGUUAAGAACCGCGUCCUCUUACAUUUGUUUGGGCAUUCAGGUGAAACUAUCAGUCGGUAUUUCAAUGGUGUUUUGGGAGCAGUUCUCAAACUGUACCCGGCAUUGUUGAAGCCUCCAAGUACCAUAACACAUGAGCGAAUAUCAAGUAACCAUAGGAGCUUUUACCCUUACUUCAAGGAUUGCAUUGGAGCCAUAGAUGGAUUGCAUAUCCCUGCAUGGGUACCAAUUGCUCAACAUCGAACAUUUCUCGAUAGGAAGGAAAAUAUAUCGCAAAAUAUCCUAUCAAUAUGUGAUUUUGAUAUGAAGUUCACAUAUAUACUUUCUGGUUGGGAAGGAUCAGCAUCUGAUUCACGAAUAUUAGAUGAUGCCAUUCACAGAGAAGGUGAGGCAAAGCUACCAAUUCCUAGAGGUAAAUUCUAUCUUGUAGAUGAAGGGUUUGCAAACCAGAAGGGGUUCUUAAGACCCUACCGUAACGUUCGAUACCACUUGAAAGAGUGGAGAAAUUCGAAUGUUUCACCUGCCGACAAGAAAGAAUUGUUCAACUUGCAUCAUUCAAGAUUACGUAACAUAAUUGAGCGGGCUUUUGGACUUGUUCAAGAAGAAGAGGAAUGGCUUGAACAGGAGAAUGCAGUUACAAGUGAGAAUACUAAUGAAGAAGCAGAAGACAAUGAAGAAGAUAGUGAUGAGGAUUCUGACGUUGUUGAUGAAGAUGAUAAUUUUGAUCAAGAUCAAUUCCGAGAGGAGAUGGCUGAUUAUAUGUGGAAUGAUUAG